CUUUCUUUCACCCGGGUGCGGGACGUCACUGCUCCAGGGCUUCAGGGUUCAGGCGAGGUGCGACCUACCCGGGACGACGUCUGCCUCUUCCCUUCGUCUCCGCCGCCGGCCAGAUCUCUUUCCGCCCCUUCUCCGGUGACCCGCUCGGCGAGACGACCGGUCACAGGAUGCAGUCUUUGGCGCGGACCGUCUGUCGAGCCGGAACCCGUGGCAAUCCUCUGAAGCUCAUGGAUUGCGCAGCUCCUAGUGUAGAACAGUCCUUCACGGAACCCCUGAGGUCUUGCAGCUGGAUUCGUCAAAUUGUGAGUCCGAUCAUUCCACGCGACGGUGUUCAGGCAUAUGGUUUCUGCACGAGGACUUUGACGGUGAGGGGGUUCUCGACAGUGGGGACUGCCGAGGUUUCUGUUGAGGAUGAAGAUUCCAGCUCUCCCAUGGUUGAGCACCCGCCGCGCAUUAAGUUCAAGAGGCCUGACAAGAUGGCCAGGCACAUUAUGAAUAUCUUGAACAAAGAGGCAGUCGACAAAGUUCGUACAGAGAGGACCAUUCCUGAUGUACAGCCUGGAUGUAUUGUUCAAAUGAGAGUGCAAGUUCCUGAGAACAAGCGACGUGAGUCUACAUUGAAAGGCAUCGUCAUAGCAAGGCGCAAUGCUGGGAUCGCUACGACUUUCAGAUUGCGUAGAUUAGUAGCUGGCGUUGGCGUUGAGUCUGUCUUUCCACUGUACUCGCCAAACAUCAAAGAAAUUAAGAUCUUAGACAGGAAGAAAGUCAGGAGAGCAAAGCUGUAUUACCUGAGGGACAGAAUGAAUGCACUGAAGAAAUGAGACAGCAUCAGCUUGGUUCUUGCCAUUUUGUUUCUGAUGUGGAUCUGUGUGGCUUCAGUUGUCACAGUGGUUGCAGGUCUAGAAGCUUCAUGUUUACUUCCAGCUCCUAAAACUAAUGUUUCAGGUCUCCAUGCUUGGUUUCUGGGGCAAGCGCUAGCAGAAAUACCCUUUUGUGAUUUGAAAUUAACAAUGUGGAUCUGCCCUCUUUUAUGUUUUGUAGCAACUAGUGUAACGAUAAAGAAAUAAAAAUGCUCAAACCUCUAGCUCUCCCUUUUCUCAUCGAAGAGAUCGUGAUAUAUCUACCUGUUUCUGGUUAAGUUAGAGAAGCUUGCAUAAUUUGUGUUCUACUGUUAGACCAUUCCGUCCUGCUAUCAAGAUGGUUGUUUGCACACAACUCAAGUAUAACUUUGAUGGCCCGUUUGUAAUGCAAGAAAUGGGAAGGCUA